AUAGAUAGAUAGAUAGAUAGAUAGAUAGAUAGAUAGAUAGAUAGAUAGAUAGAUAGAUAGAUAGAUAGAUAGAUAGAUAGAUAGAUAGAUAGAUAGAUAGAUAGAUAGAUAGAUAGAUAGAUAGAUAGAUAGAUAGAUAGAUAGAUAGAUAGAUGUAGCAGGUAAAUGCUCCACUUCAUUGAGAUCCUGUACUCACAGUCAUUCUUCUGACCUUGAGCAGUCUACCUCAAGCCGCUGCAGCUAAUCUAAUUUCCUUCUGCGUAGCUCCACAGACAGACAGAUAAGGAGUUUGUUCAGGGAAACAAAAUGAAAAACUCUUCAAGGUGCGAUAUAGCUAUAUGAAUAGAACGCGCUGUAAGAUUAAAUCUUUAUGCUGCGUUCUUAAUACAGCGAUGACAUUGAGACAUUAAGUGGACUCACUGGCUGACAGCAGAGACUACGAGGCUGCGAUGGAUCCACCAGAGGACAGUUUAAACGUUCGUUUCAAGGAGGACGAUGGCACUGUGUUCUUUGAAUCCUACAUCCCACCUUCUCGGGAUGCUAUCCACCUGCCUACCUACGUCCUCUACCUGAUCAUGGCCGUCUUCAUCGUGCUGUCUGUUCUUUAUGCCAUCAUCGGCCACCUCAUCAAAGACCUCAUCCAUGACUGUGCAGACUGGCUGUUCGGGGAGCAGCCAGAGGAAGUGGUGGUGAACUAUUGUGAGGCCAAGGAUAAGUUCAUGGCAGAUUGGUCCCCAGAAACCUCUCCUGAACUGGAGGCAAUGGCCCGGGCAGAAGAGAACAAGGUGCUGGACAGGGACUUCAUGAAAGCUCCUGCCAUCUGGAUCAUCUCUGCAGAACCACGAGGGACCAAGACAGGACCCAAAGUGGUGUUUGGGAAGAAGACUUUGAUGUGAGGGAAAUACAUUUGGAAGAUAAAAUCAGAUUUGAGAUUGUGUUGAUGAUGCAGACUUUGUGUAUUUGAUGUGAUUGGAUGAAUACUGAGAUUGCUGGAUUUGUGGAUGGAAUGAUUGAUGAAUGAAGCUUUACUGUGUAAAACUAGGAAUGUGUUGUUAUGUUGCUCACAAGAGGAGGGAGAUAGGGCCACAUAUGAGCUAAAUGCUUCUGCAGUCUUAUAGGGACCUCUAGUGUCUGCUGCGGUCAUUGCAGCUGAACCACAUAGCACAGAAAAGAUUCAAAUUAGCUUAGCACAGUAGUCACAGUACAAAUCUGCCUUAAGUAAUCUAUGAUUUAAAAUUAUCAUUUCACAGCUUGAGAUAGAACUAAUGAGAAAAAGUGUUUGAUUUAAGGUAAUAUUUAUGCUGACUAUGUUUUAUAGGUGUAAGUCACAUGCAUCAAGAGUAGAUGCCACUGUGUUGGAUGCUACUUUAUUUCUAAUAAAUUGAGCAUCCAAAUAAAGUUCAGUAAAUAAAAAUCUUUUUCAGGUUGCUCUUAAAUAUUUAGAAAUAUAUUUUUAGUUUAUGAAAAAGUCCUAUGCAGCGAAGUGGGGUCCAAGUACUGAAAAUCACAUAAUAACUAACUGUGAACUGUUGUCAGUUUGAUUUAUUCAAUAAAACGAUGAAAUGCAGACAGUGUCACAAUUGUGACAUUGUCAGAAAUGUA